CCGAGUUGGAAAUUAAUUUUCUGCUACCGGUUUGUUUUUGUGGUUUAUGUGGAUGUCUGUUGGUGGGCUGUUAAUCCUCUCAGCUUCAGUUCAGUCUCCUUGUUGCUCAGACAAGGUGAGAGAGUCCUUGAACUGUAUGAUUUCAUUGCUGAAGUGAACAAUUAAUAAGAUGGCUUCCACACUAUUUAGAACUAUCCAAAUCCAUCCGUUUUUACUCUACCCAACUGCAUUAUUUAGAACAAGGAAUGUUGUUCUUUACUGCACACAGAAAAGUACUCAAACUCAAACAGCUACACAAGAAAAGCAGCAGCCUUCCAAAGUCAAAGUUUCACAAUAUACUCAGAGCAAAACACUUGAUAAGAUCACAAGAGACUACGAGGCAAUUAUUGGAAUAGAGACACAUGUCCAGCUUUCAACUCUCACCAAGGCUUUUUGUAGCUGUCCUUACAAUUAUGGAUCCCAACCAAAUACCAGUAUCUGCCCCAUUUGCAUGGGAUUGCCUGGUGCCUUGCCAGUUUUAAACUCAAAAGUGAUUGAAUUUGCGGUGAAAUUAGGUCUUGCACUUAACUGCAAGCUAUCUCUAAACUCAAAGUUUGAUAGAAAGCAGUACUUCUAUCCAGACCUACCAAAGGGUUACCAAAUAUCUCAGUUUGAUAUCCCAAUUGCAACUGGUGGUUACAUUGACUUGGAUCUUCCUCUUGAGUUUGGUGGUUGUCAUAGGAAGUUUGGUAUUACCAGGGUUCACAUGGAGGAGGAUGCAGGGAAGCUGGUUCAUUCUGGAAAUGGGGAUUAUUCACAGGUUGAUCUAAAUAGAGCAGGAGUGCCCUUGCUUGAGAUUGUUUCUGAACCUGAUAUGAGAACUGGAAUCGAAGCUGCUGAAUAUGCAGCAGAGUUACAGAGGGUGGUUCGAUACUUAGGAGUUAGUAAUGGAAAUAUGCAAGAAGGUUCACUUCGCUGUGAUGUAAAUGUAUCAAUUCGACCAGUUGGACAAUUGGAGUUUGGAACAAAGGUUGAAAUAAAAAAUUUGAACUCAUUUUCUUCAAUUAACAGGGCCAUUGAUUUUGAGAUAUCAAGGCAGGCACUUCUCCAUAGUCAAGGCCAAGGUGAUCAAAUUGUACAGGAAACUCGUCUAUGGGAAGAAGGCGCUCAGAAAACAGUAACAAUGAGGAAAAAGGAAGGACUUUCUGAUUAUCGAUAUUUCCCUGAACCAGACCUCCCUGAAGUUAUUCUCACUCAGGAAUAUGUUGAUAGCAUUCACAAUUCUUUGCCAGAACUUCCAGAAAUGAAGCGUCAUAGGUAUGAGAAGAUGGGCCUGAGCAUGCAGGAUGUUCUUUUCCUGGCAAAUGACAUGAAUGUUGCAGAAUAUUUUGAUGCAACUAUUUCAAGUGGUGCUGACAUAAAGCUGGCUGCCAAUUGGAUUAUGGGCGAUAUUGCUGCCUUUAUGAAAAAUGAAAAGCUGUCCAUUAAAGAGAUCAAACUUGCACCACAAGAGCUAGCAGAGCUGAUAGCUUUCAUUAAAGGUGGGACUAUCAGUGGAAAGAUUGGGAAAGAGAUAUUGUUUGAGCUCCUAGCCAAAGGUGGAACCGUCAAGGGACUCAUAGAAGAGAAGGACCUUGUUCAGAUAGUAGAUCCUGUUGAGAUUGGGAAAAUGGUAGAUAAAGUGCUUUCAGAGAAUCCAAAGCAGCUAGAACAAUAUCGCCGUGGGAAAACUAAGCUACAAGGGUUUUUUGCUGGGCAGGUAAUGAAACUAUCAAAAGGCAAAGCAAACCCUGGCACAUUGAACAAAAUCCUGUUGGAGAAAUUAAAUGCCAAAAGCUGAAAGUUUUAUGCCUGAUGAUGGAUUAAGUUUGGCUAAUGGGAUGUGAGUUUGUGAUGCUCCACUGAUAAAAUUUUCACAUCUUAGCUGCCAUACAACUUCUGCUUGUGAAUAUAGGACGAAGAUGGAAGUCUUGAGUCAUUUGCUGAGUUUUCAAUUCUCAGCUCAUAUAAUACUUGGCAUCAUUCUGUGGACUAAAUAAAACUAUCCUCUCUCUUUCGACAAUUUUUCUUUGUGAUUAAGGAUUAUAUAUACCAAUUAAAAUGAACGAAUGGUAUGCAGAGACUGACAGAUUUCUCUUGUAUUUUUUACUGAUAUUUAUUAGCAGAUAAGAGGAGUUAUUUGCUAGUAAGAUGAGUUCUAAAUAUAAUCUUGUAUUUUAAGCAACUUACUUUUGCCAAGCUUGAGUUUUGUGCAAUUUCAAAACUCGAGCUCAACAAAAUUUCAUUUUUCAUACAUGAACUCAGCUCAUAAUUUAUUU